GAGGAGGAGGAGGAACGCUACCCGCACUGGCCGCGCUCGCUGCCCAGCAGAAGUCGCAGCUGCAAUCAGCUCCAGGCCGGGGCCAUGGGCGCCCUGCGCCACCCGGGUCAUGAGGACGGAGGCAGAGGCAACGGGGCAGCCGCUCGAGCCCGGGGACUUUGUGCAGCUGCCUGUGCCCAUCAUCCAGCAGCUAUACCAUUGGGACUGUGGCCUGGCCUGCUCCAGGAUGGUGCUUCGGUACCUGGGCCAGCUAGACGAUGGGGAAUUUGAAAAUGCCCUGCAGGAGCUGCAGCUGACCAGGAGCAUCUGGACCAUUGACCUGGCCUACCUGAUGCGCCACUUUGGUGUAAGACACCGUUUCUGUACCCAGACUCUGGGUGUUGACAAGGGUUACAAGAACCAGUCCUUCUAUAGGAAGCACUUUGACACAGAGGAGACGCGGGUGAACCAGCUGUUUGCACAAGCCAAGGCCUGCAAAGUGCGGGUGGAGAAAUGCACAGUGAGUGUGCAGGAUAUCCAAGCACACCUGGCGCAGGGCCACGUGGCCAUCGUGUUGGUGAACUCCGGGGUGCUGCACUGUGACCUGUGCUCCAGCCCUGUCAAGUACUGCUGCUUUACUCCCAGUGGCCACCGCUGCUUCUGCCGGACCCCUGACUACCAGGGCCACUUCAUCGUCCUGCGUGGCUACAACAGGGCGACCGGCUGCAUCUUCUAUAACAACCCAGCCUAUGCUGACCGAAUGUGCAGCACCAGCAUCAGUAACUUCGAGGAGGCCAGAACCAGCUAUGGCACCGAUGAGGACAUCCUCUUUGUCUACCUGGACAGCUGACAGCAGGAGCCUGGUGUGUUAGGUCCUCAGACCCUCCCUAUGUCCUACCCGAGCCAGACCCACUCAGGAUGCCCCCACCCAGGGCUGCUGGGGCUGAGGUUCAGAAUUGUAGUCUCAGCCUGUUUAACAAAGCUCUUGGGAACUCCGUGACUGCUCUGUCCACCAGUGUCAUCCUGCCAUUUACCCCAAACACCUUCUCAUUGCUGGAGACAACCCAAGAGCAUCUAAGGAGAGGAUCUCUCAAGACCCUAAGUCUGACUCCAGCUGUGCCCAGAGGAAGUCCUCAAGUCUGAACGCAGCUAUACUGAGGCAAGGGGAGAGGCAGGAAACCUGAGAGAGCAGCGUGUUUGGGGAGAGCACAUCCAAAGCCAGGCCUUCAGCUCCAAGCCCCAUGGUGGAUGGCGUCACUGCCUUCUCCUGCCUCCAAGGGUCUCUGGUCUUUGGGACUGAUCACGAGGCCUUGUUUUCAUGCAGCAUAAGCAUACCUCAUGGCCACUCAGAGGCUUUCUGACCCCUGGGAUGCUGAUACCUUCUUAGCUUCUAGGUACCCUCCUGUAGAAUGGAAAGCCUUUAGGAGUGGGCAGGGCCAAAUGGAUGACAGUAGAGAGAAUGUUCCAGGAAGAGGGAGCUGACAAGAGACUCCCCAGAGAGCCCCUACAUCCAGGAGGCCUCCUGACACCAGGUUGACUUCCCACAGCAGUAUCUGCCCUCUAAGUCUGGGAGCCUUCUGAGGAUGGGUACUAGAGGGUCUGUGCGCCUAAAACAGCAGGCCGCCUCCCCUCCACCCUGGUGUUCACACCAGGAGCACUGGAACAGAAUCCUGGGUCUCUUCCGUCUUGAAGAAGGCAAUGCCAGUGUCAAGUCCCAUCAACUAGAGCUGAUUUCUUUGUCCUUUUUGUGCUCUUGCUGUUUCCCUGAGACUGGGUUUCCCUGUGUGGGGAGUAAAACAGUAAUAGACACAGGUACUCUGAAACCGCUAACGUCUUUACAAGGGCAGAUAGGCCAGUCCAAGUUCUUAACAAGAUGACUGGCGUGGCCUGGCCAGCAGGCUGAGUCGGGAAGCUGCACCAAAGACACGAGGGAGUGGGUCCUUCCUAAGGAGACCAGGGAGCCCACUCCUCACGGUACCCCAGCAGCCUCUCACCACCCUGUGCUCCAGGGGUCUGGUCUUCAGUGCUCAAGGCAUGACGUGGCAGUGGCUGCUUCCCUACCACUAGCUGGCCCUCAUGGUAGUUUGAGGGUCAGAGGUGGUCUGUUUACAAGGGCAGUCAGACCAGUCACCCAUAUUAUUCCUCAAUAGGAGACGAAGCCUUGGGCUGAAGGGAGGUGCUGUUGGCUAGGCAGCCACUCUGGGUUUCAGAGACUAGCACUGCUUUCAGUCUGGUCUCAUUUCCAUUGCCUUAAUGCUGGGUAGCCCAAGGCCCCAAGGAACUCUAGCUCCAAGCUCAGGAGUACCACAUAGCAGCUAUGGGUAUGGGUGUCCUCAGAAGAGGUUCAGGUAUAAGUGUUGAGACUGGCUGAUAGGACGGGCUGAUAGGUAAAGCCUUCUCAACAGCUGGAUGGGAUGAGACGUGGCACACAGGCUCAUGGGUGCUUGUGGGAGGUGGCUUCCAUAAAAGGUGGUCAUCUUAACCAUCUAGGACAUUUAAAAAUACUCAGCCCCUGGACCCAGAUAAUGGCUUCUCAGGGCAAAUCACACGUUAGGCUCCAUCUGUCUGUAAGAUUAACAGGAAAGCUGCUGUCUUCAAGGACAGUCCGAGGACAGUCACAGAGGAAGUGUCACAAGGCACUCUGUUACAUUGCACUAGUCAUGGAAAUGGGCUAGAGAAAGCCUUGGCAUCACAGAGACUUGCCCACAGCAUGUGAUACCCACAGCGUCUCAGCUUCUCAUGCAGCCCAGGGUAGGCUCUGAGGCCACAUGGGGACUGUAGACUGUCUUGUUCACUCUAGCCACAGGAGGAUGAAAGGGAUCUUUUGCAUAGCAGAGGAUUUUCUACAUAAAUAUAUUUUGUUUGUAAUGAGCCAUUCUCAAUAAAUAUUCUCACUGUA